ACCAGAUCUACUUCAACCCCUUGGGUCCAUGAGCAGUAUCAUAUCCAAUUUUUUCUUACUCAAAAACAGAGAGCUCAACUUCACCCGCCACUUUACACUACCAUCCAUUUCCAAAACCACCAAACGGUGACGUCACGACUGACGAGGCAAUGGCGGUUACAGAUUUAUUCGCCGGCGAGAUAGCGACGGAGCUCCUGAAGACUCUGGUAAGCAUAUCCCGAAAGUCAUGCGGAUGCAAAGCAAGCGCCGAGCAGCUAAUCAAGUACAUCCAACAGUUCAUCCCUAUCAUCCAAGAGAUCAAGUACUCCGGCGUAGAGCUCCCGGCGGACCGUCAAUUCCAGCUCGACCGCUUCUCCGAGACUCUCCAGUACGGCCAGGAGCUCUGCCAGAAGGUUCUGAACUCCAAUCGCUGGAACUUCUACAAGAACCUCCAGCUCGCUCGCAAGAUGGAGAAGCUCGAGAAGACCGUUUCCAGGUUCAUACAGGGGCCGCUGCAGGCUAACCUCUUGGCCGACGUCCACCAUAUCAGGUUCGAGACCACCGAACGGUUCGAUCGCCUCGAGGGAUAUAAUCGGAGGCUGGAACAGCGGCUAGGCGAGUUAAAGAUCGGUGUUGGCGGAGGGUACGGCGGCGGUUGGAUGGAGGAGGCGGUGAAGAAAGCCGAGGAGGAGGACCUGAUGAAGCAGGAGUUGGGAAGUUUGGUGAGGUUUGGCUUGGAUACGGGGAAGAAGAAGGUGAAGGAGAUGGUUAUUGGGAGAGAGGAUUUACGAGUCGUUGGGAUCUGUGGGAUCGGUGGUUCUGGUAAAACCACCCUCGCUAGAGAGUUUUGCAGGGAUGAACAGGUUCGAAGUUAUUUUGGCGACAGAAUUCUGUUCUUGACGGUAUCGCAGUCUCCUAAUGUGGAUCAAUUGAAGGCGAAAAUUUGGGGAUUCAUCAUGGGGAAUGAAAAUUUAAGCCCUACUUCUGUGAUUCCUCAAUUUAUGCCACGGUUGGAUUGGAAAGUUAGAACACCAAAACUGGUGGUUCUGGAUGAUGUGUGGUCGCUUCAGGUGCUUGAAAGGCUAAUCACACCCGGUUGCAAAAUCCUUGUUGUUUCCCGAUCCAAAUUCCCAACGGUUCUCAACGCUACCUAUGAAGUUGAGCUGUUGAGAGACGAUGAAGCUCUUUCACUCUUUUGCCACUCUGCUUUUGGACAGAAAUCCAUGCCCCCAUCUGCCAACGAGAAUUUAGUCAAGCAGAUUGUGAACGAGUGCAAAGGACUUCCUCUAGCUCUUAAAGUAAUUGGGGCCUCUCUACGGGACCAGACAGAAAUGUUCUGGGCAAGUGCGAAGAAUAGGUUGUCACGUGGGGAACCCAUUUGCGAGUCCCAUGAGAACAAUCUGCUUGAACGGAUGGCAGCCAGUGUUACCUGCUUGCCUAAGAAAGUUAGAGAAUGCUUCUUGGAUUUGGGUGCGUUUCCCGAGGACAAGAAGAUUCCUCUUGAUGUUCUUAUCAAUAUGUGGGUUGAAAUCCAUGAUAUAGAUGAGGAGGAAGCUUUUGCCAUUCUGGUCGAGCUUUCCAACAAAAAUCUUGUUACCCUGGUAAAAGAUGCAAGAGAUGGUGACAUUUAUACUAGCUAUUAUGACAUCUCUGUUACUCAGCACGAUGUCCUGAGGGACCUUGCUCUUCAUUUGAGCAAUCAUGGUAACAUUAACGAACGCCGGCGAUUACUCAUGCCGAGAAGAGAAUCGUGCCUUCCAAAAGAAUGGGAGAGGAAUUCAGAUGAGCCAUUUAAUGCCCAGAUUGUAUCAAUUCAUACAGGUGAAAUGAAUGACAUGGACUGGUUGGACAUGAGGUUUCCAAAGGCUGAAGUGCUCAUUUUGAACUUUGCCUCCGGCAAAUUCUUUUUGCCCCACUUCAUGAAUAACAUGCCAAAGCUUAGGGCAUUGAUUGUUAUCAACUACAGUUCAAAAAAUGCGACCCUAUACAAUUCAGAGGUUUUCUCAAGUUUGGUGAACUUGAGAAGCUUCUGGCUUGAGAAAGUGUCCGUCCCUCAAUUAUCAAAUGCUACCGUCCCCCUAAAGCAUUUGAGGAAAUUGUCUCUAGUCCUCUGCAGGAUUAAUAAAAGCCUUGACCAAUCAGUGGUAAACCUUCCUUAUACCUUGCCCUCUCUCGUAGAACUCACAAUUGAUCACUGUGUUGAUUUAUUUGAGCUUCCUUCAAGCAUCUGUGGGAUGCAUUCUCUCAAGAGUUUGAGUAUUACCAACUGCCACGGUCUACGACACUUACCAGCUGAUUUGGGCAACCUUAAAUCACUACAAAUCCUCAGAUUAUAUGCAUGCCCAUCUCUGAAGUCGCUUCCUUCAGGCAUUUGCGAGCUGCUUUGGUUGAAAUACCUUGACAUCUCUCAGUGUGUAAAUCUGUCAUGUCUUCCCAUGGAUAUUGGUAAAAUGGCAACUUUGGAAAAGAUUAACAUGAGGGAGUGUUCAGAGAUGAGGAUUUUACCAAAGUCUGCAGUGUCAUUGAAGUCUCUACGCCAUGUAAUUUGCGACGAAGAGAUUUCUUGUCUGUGGAAAGAUGUGGAGGCGGCAUUGCCAAAUCUUCACGUUCUGGUUGCAGAGAACUAUUUCACUCUGGACUGGCUUGAUGAGUGACAAGAAUUUUAGGGUUGUCACAACUUUUGUAGCUUAUAAGUGUAAGUAGUAACUAAUAAGAAAAGCUCUCCGUUUGUCUUUCUCUUCUAAAUGGAGUUCAGGGUUUUGAGUAGGAUGAAAUUGUAAAAAGAGAAAGAAAUCAAUCUGACCUUUCAGCUAAAA